AUGUUAUACCGAAGCACAGGCAUGUCGUGUUUCAGAAAGUGAUUAGACAAUUUCAAUCACCAAGUUACUAGCUUUUAUUGCAAUUUUGUAUGCUCGAGGAACAUAUGAAGCAAAGCUUCUUAUUCGUGGUCCAAGAAAUGGGGACUCGCUUUCUUUUCAAACACAAUACCCAGAGAUCAAUUUAUGCAAAUUCUUCGAUUCAUACGAUUUGAUAAAAGAACAGAACGAUCCGAACGUUUACGUACAAACAAAUUUGCAUUGAUAUCUGAAAUAUGGAACAAAUUUUUAUACACAAUAGUCAAAGCUGUUGUAAACCCCACGAAAAUGUUUCGAUAG